CGGUACUGGCUGGCCCUGUACUUCUUCUUUGCCAUUCAGCAUAUCAACCAGAAUCCCCGGCUCUUGCCCAACAUCACUCUGGGAUACAAUAUCUAUGAUAACUUUUUUCUUGGAAGGGUGACGUAUGAAGCUUUGGUAGACCUGGUCUCUUCUAGACAGGCGAAUGUUCCAAACUACAACUGCGGAGGACAGAAUAACUUGAUUGCUGUUCUUGAAGGAACUGACUCUGACACUCAAAACUCCAUCCAGAUUUCAAGCAUGUUGGGCAUCUAUAAAAUCCCACAGGUCAACUAUGCUUUUGGCUCCCUUGUUCUGAAUGACAAGAGGCAGUUCCCCUUUUUCUAUCGGACGGUCCCCAAAGAAGAGGCCCUGUACCCAGCAAUUGUCAAGCUGCUCCUUCACUUCAGAUGGACUUUCAUUGGUCUCAUUGCUCCAGACACCGACAAUGGAGAGAAGUUCAUGAAGACAUUGACACCUGGGCUCGUAGAAAGUGGAAUCUGUGUUGCCAUCUCACUAAGCAUUCCACAACUUAAUAUAAACAAAAUGACGAUCAAUAUUCCUCCAUUAGAAAAGUGGGGACAAGCCCAUGUAUUCCUUUAUUAUGUAGAAACUAGUUAUUUCGUGGUGGGAAUACGACUUGGAAUAAUUAUAUUCAACCAGCUGGUCCCACCCACUGCAAGGAAAGUCUUCAUCACAACAUCUAUGUGGGAUUUGAGUGUAGAAUUCAUCAGCUUCAUGAACCUUGGUUUUGAUUUCCAGCACUUCCACAGUAUUCUUUCUUUCUCUAUUGGGGCAAAUAAGUGGACAAAUUAUGAUGAUGUUGAUGCCUUUUUCUUUGCAAGCAAGCAGUUUUGGGAGGAAGCUUUUAAUUGUUCCUAUUUACAGAAUACAUUGUCUGUGAAAAGCUGGACAAGAUGCCGAGAAAGAGAGGAACUGGAGUUGCUGCCCCAAAACCAUCUGGAAAGACUCUUAUCUCUAAACAGCUACAGGAUUUACAACACUGUCCAAGCUGUGGCGCGUUCCUUAAAUGCUGCGUAUUCCUCUAGAUCAAAGUGGAGGUUGAAGGAUACUCUGGAAGUUCAAAGGCUACAGCCAUGGCAGGCCCUGCCUACUUCCAGGUGUGUGGAAAGUUGCCAGCCUGGAUUCUUCAAGGUAUCUCAGGAAGGAAUGUUGCUCUGCUGCUAUGACUGUGUUCCCUGUGCGGAAGGAACCAUUGCCACUCAGGAAGAUGCAGAGCAUUGCGCCAGGUGUCCCGAAGAUCAGCAUCCAAACAAGGACAGAGAUCAAUGUUUCUACAAGAUCAUCACCUUCCUGGCUUAUACAGAACCUUUGGGGAUCUUCCUAGCUUCCUUUGCCUUAUUCUUAUCCUUAACCACGUGUGUUGUGUUAGGAAUAUUCCUUAUAUUCCAAGAAACUCCCAUAGUCAAAGCCAACAACAGGAACCUCUCCUAUAUCCUCCUCAUCUCCCUCUUGCUUUCUUUUCUGUCCUCCUUCCUCUUCAUUGGAAGGCCAAGGAAAGUGACCUGCCUUCUCCGACAAGUGACCUUCAGCAUCAUCUUUUCAGUUGCCGUCUCCUCUGUGUUGGCAAAAACCAUCACUGUGGUGCUGGCCUUCCUGGCCACAAAGCCAGGAAACACGAUGAGGAGAUGGCUGGGAAAGAGUCUGGCCAACUCCAUUGUCAUUUCCUGUACCAGUGUCCAAGUUGUCAUCUGCAUCAUCUGGCUGGGAAUCUCUCCACCCUUCACAGAGUCUGACAUGCAUUCCCAGCCUAGGGAGGUCAUCCUGCAAUGUAAUGAAGGGUCUGUUGCCAUGUUUUAUGGUUCCUUUAUCUACAUGGGCUUCCUGGCUGCCAUCUGCUUCACAGUGGCUUUUCUGGCCAGGAAGCUGCCCGGGGCCUUCAAUGAAGCCAAGCUAAUCACCUUCAGCAUGCUGGUCUUCUGCAGCGUUUGGGUCUCGUUUGUACCCACCUACUUGAGCACAAAGGGGAAGUACAUGGUAGCUGUACAGGUCUUCUCCAUCUUGGCCUCCAGUGCUGGGCUUCUGGGCUGCAUCUUCAUUCCCAAGUGCUACAUUAUUGUACUGAGGCCUGAUCUGAACACAAAAGAGCAUCUGACAACAAAAGCUGACUCCUAAAUUACUACAUAUUACUAAAUUUCCAGUACAACAAUGAUGAGAAAGACAUACUUCCUGGCAAAUGUAGCUUCUUGGAUUUAAAGGCAUGUUUGUGGCUCCUUUUCUGAUGGUUACUUUUCAAACCUUAAAGAAUGUUUACAUUUUGUUUUUAAUUGUGCUAUUUUAACUUGGAAA